ACGCAUUCAAAAGAAUAUUGUAAGACUUUUUUAUACUUAAAAUAAUAUAAGGAUAUUACUAAUAACUUGAAAGAACAAAGUGGUAUUAUUUUGAUAUUUGUCGUUAUUCGUUUAUCAACUAAAAAUCCCGCAAUCUAUUUAUCAGUACAAUUAUGAAUGUAUGGGACUGGCAUUACAGUUGAGCAAAGUCCGUACGUUUACCAAAGAGAGACAAGACAAUGAUUUAUUUUUGUAAACAUUCAACAAUUUACUAUCAUUCGAAUAAGUUGUUCCAAGUGUAUUUCUAGAUAAUAAGUUUAUAUUUAGCCCUAGGAGUUCAAAAUGGUGAGAGUAAACUCCUUGGCUGGCGUUAGAGUACUUCCAAAACCAGUAUCUGCAGAGGCGUCAGACAGCUACAUAUUAUCUCCGGAGCAAAUAAAAUACUAUGAAGACAAUGGAUUUCUCGUCAUUAAAGAGCUCAUUGAUUUCACAUCUCUUUAUAGUUACAAACAGCGGUUUCUACAGAUAUGUAAAGGAAUAGUUUCACCUGGUUAUGUGAGAGUUGUUAAGGAACCCUCUUUAAUCAAGAAGAACUUGCCACCAGAAGAUUAUAUUAAUAAGAUACAAGAACUACUAUACGAUGACGUGUUCAUCACGUACGGUGAACACCCGCGCAUGCUGUCAGUGCUGUCACAGUUCAUCGGGGAGGACAUCACCGCGGUGAACAGCAUGUUCAUCAACAAGCCGCCCGGCUCCAGCCGACACCCGCCACAUCAGGAUCUAUUCUACUUCCCGUUCCGUCCGGCCGAGAAGAUCAUAGGCGCAUGGACGGCAAUAGACCAUGUCAACCAAGAGAACGGGUGUCUGUAUGCAGUCCCCGGGUCACAUAAAGCUAAGAUCUUGUACGAUCAUGCUGGGAAAAAGGACGCCCUGAAAAUGUACCACGGCGUAGAUGAAGAAGAUAUCGCGCCGCUAGACAAACGCGUUCACUUGGAGAUGAGUCCCGGAGACACCGUGUUCUUACAUCCUUACCUACUGCACGGCUCCGGACCUAAUGUGUCUAAGAACUACCGCAAAGCCAUAACAUUUCACUUCGCGAACAGCUCGUGCGAGUACAUAGACCUGCGCGGCACCGUGCAGGAACAUCUAGCCAAGGAGGUCGAAGCACAAGCUGCGAAGUCAGGGUUCAAGGGAGUUAAUUAUGUCGAUGUCUGGCGUUUCAAGAGCAAGCAAGUCAAAGGUGUACGUUCAAACCUUUGAAAAUAUUAUUCGAUUUCGGUGUUGGUACACAACUGCCUACGAGCGCAGUUUCAUAUACAUUCCAAGUUUAUUAAAAAGAACCAGGUAUUAAAUGUAACUUUUGCAUUUAAGUAAAAAAUAUUUUAUAAGGUAUUUUAUACUAUAUUUUAUACUAAUCAACAUACAAUUUUGUCUGACUUAUCAAGAAAUACCAAAGUAGGUUUAAAAUGUUUGUAAAACAUUGGUGCUUGGUGAAUAUCAAAGAUUAAAUAAUAAUGAAUAUUAUAAAUAUCUUCUUAUAUUGAAUUUCUUAUUUUUUUAGCUUAUAAGCUUAUUUUUGUACAGUAAUCUAACUUUAAUGUGACCAUAAGAUUGAAAAUAAUAAGAUUUUCAAAACUGACUUUAAACUAUUGGAUUGAUAGCAGCUAUGUAGCAGAUUUUUUGCCAAAACAGUGGUUUUUGAAAAUUAUUAUUAAGUAUUUUUAAAUUAACUUACGUUUUUUUUAUGUAUAUUUCGUUAUGAAAAAUAGUCAUCUUCAAAUGUAAAAAAAAAAAAUAAGUAAAUAUUUUUAUUUUAUUUUUGAUAUAAAAGUUAUGUAAAACAUCGUGAGAUUAUUGUUAAUUAUCUUUUUACUAAAUUUAUCUUAAUUUGUGUUGGAAAUUGUGAUAUUUUGCAUAACGUAAUAAAUACAUUUUUAUUGGA